AUGGUUUAUCAGAUGCGCAGCCUGAAUCCGGUCGGGAUGAUGGCCUGCGUAUUUGGUGUAGUUCUCGUUGGACAGGCUAUCCGCACUGCAUUAACGGCUCUCACUUUUCUCCCCUUCUCUAUGAUGACAGAGGAGAGCCGGAACGAAGCUUCAGAAGAGAUGACAGGGUUGAGCCCGAACGGGCCAGAUUCCCGGAAAGAAGAGAGACUGCCCAAAAACGAUGAAGCAACGAAGAGAGAAAGGUUGGUGUGGAACAUGAUCAUAUACUUUUACGAGCACAACGUCUCCUUCUUCGCAAGUGAAUUUGGCAUGAUCACGAUUCUCGAAAUCACUUAUGGAUGGUCAGUUGGAGCAUGCGCGCUUGCCAUGUCCGCAAAACAAGUGGCAAGAUUUCUGAUCAUCCAGAUUCUCGGCAAAAUCCAUGAAACACGUCAGUUGACGGAGGCUGCAUUAUUCCUUGCUACGGCUUGUGCUGCAAUGUGGGGUUCACUUUUUCUCUUCCGCUGGCACUGGUCUGGGAGCUCUGGAGCCAUCAGCCUGCUGGUGGCCGACAGUAUGAUUUACUGCGCCACAUGUGCCGGGACUUAUCCAUCAAGAACUUGGAGCAAGGACACAUACAAAGGGAGGCCAGACCUGCAGUGGUUGAGGGCUGAACACCGCUGGCAGACAGGUCACGCUCCUGCAGUCUGUUCGUUGCUGGUAUCGAUCCUCAUAAGGUUCCUCGUGGACAAGGGCGGACGGAACUCCUUCGCGAUCUUUCAACUUGUCGUCUGCUUCCUGGCCUUCUGUACUGCAUGCAAAGCCGUGUAUUUGAAGGAGGAAGUUGACGAGGAGACGAAGACGACUGUGCCUCCGGACGAAGCCAUGCCGAAGCUUCAGCAGCCCAACCUGGGCAUCGGGCGCCUUUCGAGUGCAAGCGCCGUGGCCGCAGGUCAUGCCUCAACGUGUGCCAUCAGUGAAGCUGGACAGCUCGUCUGCUUCGGCGAAACUGAAGAUGCUUUGCCACGAGACCAGGGUCCCAUGGUGGCCGUGGCUGCCGGAGAUCACUACAUGUGUGUCGUGAACGCGAGUGGCGAGCUGGUUUGCUUCGGAGACAAUCGCUAUGGUCAGUGCGAUGUGCCUCUCGAUCUCGGCCCGGUGGUGGCCGUGGCUGCCGGAUUUGGCCACACCUGUGCCGUGAAGGCCAGUGGCGAGCUGGUUUGCUUCGGACACAAUCGCUAUGGUCAGUGCGAUGUGCCUCUCGAUCUCGGCCCGGUGGUGGCCGUGGCUGCCGGAUUGCGUCACACCUGUGCCGUGAAGGCGAGUGGCGAGCUGGUGUGCUUCGGAGGCAAUGAUUUUGGUAAGUCCGAUGUGCCUGCCGAUCUCGGUCCAGUGGUGGCCGUGGCUGCGGGAAGACAUCACACCUGUGCGGUGAAGGCGAGUGGCGAGCUGGUUUGCUUCGGACGCAAUCGCUUUGGUCAGUGUGAUGUGCCUGCCGACCUCGGUCCAGUGGUGGCCGUGGCUGCGGGAAGACAUCACACCUGUGCGGUGAAGGCGAGUGGCGAGCUGGUUUGCUUCGGAGACAAUCACUCUGAUCAGUGCGAUGUGCCUGCCGAUCUCGGUCCGGUGGUGGCCGUGGCUGCCGGAUUGCGUCACACCUGUGCCGUGAAGGCGAGUGGCGAGCUGGUGUGCUUCGGAGACAAUUUGAUGGCUCAGUGCAACAUGCCGGCAGGCUUCAAGGUUUGCCUUGCCCCACAGUCCAUCGGCACACCCACACCCGAUCCAGCGCAGGAGGUGCGGCCAUGCCGAAGCUUCAGCAGCCCAACCUGGGCAUCGCAAACACCCGAAGCCCUUAAGACCCUAAAUCCUGACGCCAGACAAGGCCAAUCAGCGAAAUCCUUAACCCCAAAACCAAUUCCCUUUCUAAAGAAUUGA